AUGGCGGUCCCCAGGCCGCUGGUGAACUCGGUCUUCAAGAGCAGGCGGAUAUGCGCCUCGUGCCAGCGCGUCCGCCUGCACGUCGACCUCCACCACUUCCGAGACCAGUCCCGUCAGACGAGCAGCUUCGCGCACCCGAGCAACCCGAGGAGUCGAGAGUCGAGGGACUGCAGUGCCGUACAACGGGCCCGACGCCGCCGAUCGUUCCACAGCUCGCGCCGCGCUCUGCACGAACCGGUCGACCAGCAUCGACAGGCCGUGCCUCUAGGCGACUUCUACACAGACCUCCUCGAGUCGCCUCUUCCCCAGCCCCAGGCAUCCGGGGCCGACACAUCGUUGCCCGUGUGGGUGCCGCAGGGCGACAAGACCAAGGAGGAAAGAGCCCGGCAAGUGUUUGGCGCACUGAGAGGUUCGGGCUAUGAAAGGAGGUUGCCAGAAACGCCCGAGCAGAAAUGGACCACUGUCAACGGGGUUCCUGUUCCUCCGCGCCCGCUGGAGCCGGACAAUUGCUGCAUGAGCGGCUGCGUACACUGUGUGUGGGAUGACUAUCGAGAUGACUUGGAGGCAUGGGCCGCGCGAGCCAAGGAAGCACAAGCAAAAGCGCAAAAGAGGCCCGCUGGAGACCAGCCCAAGAUCCACUUGCACCGGCCCGAAGUUCACGAGGCUUCUGGCAGCAUGGACGAUGACGGCGGAGGCAGCGAGGCCCUCUGGGAUUCGCCGUCCACCGCGGACCUUGAUCAAGACACCAUUUACCAGGGGAUUCCAGUAGGGAUUCGAGCGUUCAUGGCAACGGAGAAGAAAAUCCGCGAAAGGAAGCAGAUUAGAAAGGAGAAGGGCCUUAAAGUCGACGAUUAUUGA